CGCCAUACAGGAAGUCAUUUACACGGCGUACUGCUCUUGUUUUGACACUUCAAACUAAGCGUUUACACAUAGGAGUGCCCGUCUUUGUUAUCUGGCUAAAGUUGUACGGAAGGAGUUUUAAAUCUGAGUGACCGAUCUGAUCAAAGCAGCAUUGACUUGAGCUGUGAAGGUAAAAACAGCCAGUCAGAAAAUGCAAAAGCUGUGAGGUUUCUUUUAGCUGGAAGCUAACAGAAGUGUUUACAGCCCAUGAGUCGCAGCAGGAACCCUCCUCCCCGGGGUCAAGGGGCAGCCAGAGCCAAACAGAUGGGGCUUCUUCUCGACCUUACCCCGGACGCAGGGAUGGACGAUGAUGGAAACGACGAGGACCUGGAGGCAGAGCUCCUCAGUUUGGUGGGAGGAGGGAAAGGAGGGAGACCACAAGGGAAGAAAGGGGACGGAAGAUCUCCUGUUCCAAUGUCUGAAAUUGAGCGAAUGGCGGCUCUGUGUAUGAAAGAUCUGGAUGAUGAGGACAUGGGAGACGAAGAUUUGGAUGAUGAAGACCUGUUGGCAGAAUUAAAUGAAGUGUUGGAGGAUGACGAGGCGGCCACUCCUGCUCCAACGCGUCCCGCCGUCACUCCCACUGUUCCUAAAGUGAGCGUCUCUUCUCCCAGCGCUCCCGGCGGAGCGUCAGGGUUGGAGUCUCGCCUGUUGGAGCGCCUUGAUAUGUAUCAGAAGGCUACAGCCAAUGCCAAGGCUGCAGGCGAGACUAGUAAAGUUCGAAGAUAUGACAGAGGGUUGAAGACGUUGCAAUCCAUGUUGACGUCUGUGAAAAAAGGGAAGCCAAUCAAUGAAGAGGAGAUUCCUCCUCCGGUUGCCAUUGGCGCAAAAUCAAAUGGUCCAGCCGAGCCUGAACCUGUUAAGGAACAAGAACCGCCUGCGCUGAUUCCCUCCCCUCCUUCUAAUCAGAAACCAAUGAGGGAGCCGGCGCCAGAAACUCUGAACACUAAACCUAGACAUCUGACCCCUCCCCGAAAACCAGCUGCUGCCAUCACCCCAGAAACACCUGCGAUCUCCCCCCUGACGCCCAGUCAACCUGACGCCCAGCACUCAGAGCUGAAACAGGCAGUGCUGUCCAGACAGAGGGAGUAUAAGAUGGCUGCCAUUCAGGCCAAGCAGAGCGGUGACAUCAACCUGGCCAAACAGCACUACCUCACUGCCAAGAAGCUCGACUCGUUGGUGGAGGCUGUGGACCGAGGGGAACCAGUGGAACUGAGCUCGCUACCCCCCCCUCCAGGAGAUGCAGUGGAGCAGCAGAGUGCACCUGUUCCUCCUCAGACGUCUGCCAAACCUGCUGCUGCUCCUGCUGCUCCUGCACCCACCCAGAUAGCCACCAACAACCUUCCUGCUCCCAGCAGCGUGGCAGAGGCCCUGAAGCAGAGGAUGGACUUUUACAAGCAGGCAGCAGAGGGAGCCAAGAGCAAAGGAGACGAUCGGAAAGCUCGCAUGCACCAGCGGAUUAUUAAGCAAUACCAGGACUCCAUCAAAGCUCACAGCGCAGGCCGACCUGUCAACCUGAAUGAUCUGCCGGUGCCUCCUGGCUGUCCUCCUCUCCAGGGCUCAGAGGGGAGUCAGCAGAACCUGAUAGGUGUCCUGGAAACGGCUAUGAAAAUAGCGAAUCAGGAUGCCGACGCAGAUGAUGAUGACGAUGAUGAGGAUGGACAGAAAGAGGCUGCCAAGCCUGCAGUGCGUCCACCUGUGCAGAAAGCAAAGUCUCCGGCUCCCCCAAUCCCUGCAGGAUCCUCGGUUCCAAAACUGGGACCGAAAGCCCAGCAACAGGUAGACUUCCUGUUGCUAAGACGACAGGCCUUUUUGCGUGCAGCUCUUCGCUCCAAACAGAUGAAGGACAUGACUGGAGCAGCACAGCACCUCAGACAUGCCAAAGGACUGGAACCCAUGGUUACGGCUGCAAAGUCUGGCCUUCCUGUUGACAUCACAAAGAUUCCAAGCGCUCCGGUGAGUGAGGAGGAUUAUUCCCUGGGCCGUUCCCGGGCCUCUCCUCGCUCCAGUGAAAAAUACCAAGCACUCAUGGAUCUCCUACGAAAGCAACACGAGAAAUGUUUGGACCUCUCUCAGCAAUUCACGCUCAUGGGCAAUGUAGGCGAGGCUUUGAAGUCUGAGAAGCUGGUUGAGGAGACUAUGAAGUACAUAGAGCUGCUGAAGAAUGCCCACGCCAAGGGCCACCCGGUCCCCAAGUGCCUCACCCAGGAGAGAACCUUCAACUCCGCAAAGAUCAACUCCAACCUGUCUCCCAGUGACCUGGUACUGUACAUCAUCCGAGGCAUCAACUUGCCGGCUCCAUCAGGCGUCUCUCCUAAUGACCUGGACGCCAGCGUAAAAUUCGAAUUUCCCUUUCCCAGCUCGGAGGACGCCCAGAGGGACAAAACCGGCACGGUGAAGAACAGCAGCAGUCCAGAGUUCAAAGAGCAGUUCAGACUCAACAUUAACCGAACCCACAGAGGAUUCAAACGGGUUGUUCAAUCCAAAGGCAUCAAGUUUGAAGUCGUCCACAAGGGAGGUCUGUUCAAGACGGAUAGAGCAGUAGGCACUGCUCAGCUGAAACUAGAGGCUCUAGAGAACCACUGUGAAAUCAGAGAGAUCAUAGAAGUGAUGGAUGGCCGUAAAGCUACCGGUGGGAAGCUGGAGGUGAGGGUGAAGAUCAGAGAGCCUCUCUCAGGAGUGGACCUGCAGCCGGCGACGGAGAAGUGGUUCGUUCUGGAGCCGGUGUCGCCGCUUUCUCCUCCAGAGAGGCAAAAGGAGCGAGCUCCAGCUCCUCAGUCGAAACCCAAACACGAGUCGAGCGGCAGAAGCAGUCGCCCCGACGGCUCUCCUCCUCAGUACAAACUCCACAGCUUCAGCCUCCUCAACUACGACAAGGAGCGGCUGGAGAGGAAGAUUGCAGAUUACCGGAAAAACCAUCGCGAUCCCCCAUCUGACCUCAUUCAUCAACACAAAGAGGUCACGCACAGGCUGCGCUGGCAGAAAGCUCAGCUGGAGCGAGCCUCUCCUGCUCUGCUGACAGAGUAUGAACACGUGCUGCUGCGCUUCGUCCAAGGACUUUCUGAGUCUGUGAAAAAAUACUCCAGCCAAGGCAACAGGGAAGCCGCAAAGGAUGCCCUGGGAAGGAUGAAGAUGGUAGAGAGUGAGCUGGAAUCCCUAAAACGAAAACGCACAGGAUGAAAAAACAGUGAGGUGGAGACUUGGCUGCAGUACUGUUAUCUCUCUCAUUCACACUCUCAUACCGAUGCUACAGAACGCACCUUCAGCGUGACAAUGUUGUGUCCAAGACAGCUGGAUGAACCAAACCUCUCCUUCCUCUGUCUGUCUGUAUGACCUGUUCAACAUCUGGGCUGUAACUACCAAGGGAGGCGGAUUUUAAAGGAAGCAUUUAGAGGCAUGAUGGGGGAGAAGAACAUGCUGAAUUAUUUGCACUUAUUAAAAGAAACACUACAGAAAUUUGCAAUCAGUUUUGAAUGAUGUGGGAGAAAAUCUAUGUAGGGAUUUUAUGUUUUACAUAUGAUACCAGCUUUUUUUGGUGUUCUCAAAUGACCAAAAAUACAAAAAUAUAUAUUUGUGUGUGUGUGUGUGUGACCUGAGGUGUAUUGAACCAGUGGAUUGGGGUGGAAGUAACCCUUUCUUGCGGCAUUUUCCCUGUGUAAUGAGCUUAAUCUAAUCUGUCUGCACCAGUGUUCCCAGAUUACAGUAAUCUGGUCUGUUUGGAGUUUUCCGAUAUGGGGAGGAAAGAAAACUUGAAGGAAAAAAAAAGAAAACAGGGCUCCGGGGUGUCUGUGCUUACAUCCCAUAAUGAGGGAUUAGUUUGUGUGUCACCAAGAAGAUGACUAGAACAAGACGUUGAGACGGUGUUAGAGGGAGGCAGGAAGAGGAGUUUGGGUUCCUCCUCCAUCGUCUGAUGUGUUUUCAGGUCUUUUCCUCCUGUGGUUCCAGUCUGAACCUCAAAAUUAUUCAUACCUCCCAGAGAUUUAGAUCCAAAAUUAUUUUCCUUCCACCAAUGAGUUUUAAAAUACAACAAAACUGUGCAAAAGGGGAGUAUCGAUUUCGACUAUAAUAUGUUUUUGUAUUUAAUUUACAUUUUAUUAAACAUGUCAUAUCAAAAAUUAUUUACUCCUCUCUAAAUAAUCCUUAAGAAAAAUCUUUAUGGGCUUUGCAGCAGUCAAACUCUUCUUGUACUGUAAUUUCCAUUGAUUAUUAUUGGGAUUAUUAUUGUGGUGAGCUUUAAAUCUGUGCAGUUUGAAGUCCUCCAUGCCAUCACCCUCAUUUUUUAAAAUUUUUAUCUGCCUCUUUAUCUGUCUGGCUGCGGCGCUGCAGAAUGUGAAUAUUACUACCAGUCAGAAGAAGCAUGUUGGUAAAAUUAAAAUCUUGUUUAGAUCUAAAUCUGCCAGGGGUAUGAAUAAUUUUGAGCCUAGCCUUGCAUAUACUCAUCUUCAGCCUGGAUGUCAUUCAGUUUGGCAUUUUACUGAUUUAUUUUAGUCAUUCCUUUCUGUUCUGGUUUUUAAAAACCAGAAGUUGGAAUUUGUUGGGAUGUUUUUUAAAUCUAGAAAUGGUCAGAACGUCUCAAAUAUGAAAAUACAAACUCCCCAGUUUCAUUGCGGAAAGCCUAUAUUUUAUUUUUUAUCUGGAUAUUUGACCGCUCUGCUUGUCAGAAUUGGUUGAACUCAGUUACAUUUGGUGGUUUCCUGGCUCAGACUUGCUUUAGGGCGUAGCCGCUAAUGUUCUGUAGGAUUGACGGUUUGGACCAUGCUAGAUCCUGCUUCAUCCAGUCUAAAGUCAGUUUUGAUUUGUUUGGGAUCUUUGUCCUGUUGGUUGGAUACCUGGCUGAUAACUUGAGAUGAUAACUUGUCCACUUGGGCCAGUUUCAAGGUGUGGGUUUUGAAGCAGUGGCCAGUAGUGUGGAAAGUGACACUGGUCUCUCUUAUGAUGGAGGUUCUUGGGUUGUUCCUCUACCUCCUAAAAUGUCGGUUUGGGUCAGAUGGUUAAAAUUUAGAUAAAGUUGUAUUCCAACAAGACAGUAAUGCCACAAUCACAUCAAAACUGGGUUUGAAACGCUGACAUCAAUCUUCCUGGGCGACAUUUCCAAAGCCAUUGAAUGUUGGUGGACUUUGCUCAAAAGCUCCUCUUGGCAUUUCCCCCAGGAAGGGCCGUCACUUAUCAAGCCAACAUUAUGCUGGACGCUUAUUGAUGGCUACAGAAAGUGCUAAAACUCAGCUUGUUUUAAACGUUGAAGCUGCACGUUGUCAUACUUCAACCCUGGUAGACGAAUGUCCCCAAUAAGACGAGGCGUAGAAUCAAAAACUCAAAUGAAAGCCCCCUAAUUAACUGCUGGAACGGUUUUCGGAGGCUUAUCCCAGCUUGAAUGUAUUCACGCUGUCGGACAACAAUUCAUUCUUUCGGCUGUCUAUUAGAAAAUAACGAGCAGCUGCUGCAUCUUUUGCCGCUGGUUUCUGUGGUGGCGUUUUGCGAAAACCAGACCGCGUCCAGCUGAGAUCGCUGGCAGCAGCACAGCGAACAGAGAGGUCUGACCGCGGGAAGGCUUUGUGUCGGUGUGGUGAGGUAAUUGCUCAAAUAAUCCUUGUUAAAAGUCGGAGCUCGGAAAUCUCCCUAAACUUGGAUAAACGUUUUUAGUUGCAUAGUUUGAGAUGGCCAUUAAAUGACAAAAGGCAGUCUGUUCACAAAGCUGCUGAUUUCCAUUCACUCCAGGGUGUCGCAAAUAACUUUACAGACAUUUAAACGCUUGUUUUGAGCCAAAUGCGACGGCGUUAAUGCUUCGCUCUCUGACGCAUGCUUUCAGUAGUGCAGUUUAAAUGCUGAUUAAUCUGAAAAGCUCUGCAUUAGGAGAUUUAGAUGCUGUGACUUUGACUAGCAUUAAUGCAGACUCUAUGGAUCAGCUGUGCUCCAAGGUUUUCUUUAAAGUUUUUGUAUCGCAGAAAUAAAUGAAGGAUCACCAGAUCUAACCAAAAGUCAGUUUAGAGGUUGGUUUUCAUUUACAUUGUCAGUCAGAAGUGUGCCUGCUCUGAUAAUACUCAUAUGUGUUGAUUGUAGGUUGUUUUUUCUUCUUUUUUUUUUAUUAAGUAUUUUUGCCAGGGUGGAAUAAUUUUUAGCACAAGUUGGAAUUUCUUGUGGAUUUUCUCUAAUCCAUAAGGGUCACACAUUAAGCAGACAGGAACAAAUUUGUACAUACAACCUCAUAAAUGUUGUGUGGCGAGCUGCAAAGAAACAACAUGCUUUUCUUACCAAUCAACCAGCUUCCAGCAAAGUUCUGAUCCGAUAUUUGAGCAAUUUUCUUAUCUGUACUUUUAGGAAACUUAUAAAUGGGACACUUUCCUGGGAUAGACCAGCUUGUGAGAAAGCCUUAUGUUAAAGCUGCAAUAUGUCACUUUUAUAAAUUGUUGGUUUCUUACAUGUUUUUUAAAGCUCUCACUAUGUUGUGACAGUAUAACAAGUGUGGAAAAUCACACUCCUUUUCCCUGCGAUCAUGCUGCCAUUUGCAGAAAUACACUGCUCUGUCAGGAACAAUCAAUCAGAGCCAGGAGGAGAAUCUUAGCGCUGUCAAUCAUACUUGUGUAUGCGCUGUUCACAACCUCCAUGUUUCUCUCUGGUACGCUACGGCUUCUUCAAAUCAGCAAACCCUGCCAUGAAUGUUCAGGCUACUUGGCAUGACCGCCAAUCAUGGCGAAUAAACGGUUUUUCUGGAGCGGAAAGUUGUUUCUCUGCCAGUAGCGCAUUUAGAAGUGUGUACACAAAGUUCAUUGACAACACUAAAACCUUCCUCCUGGCUCUGAUUGGUCAUUUUUGUCCAGGAGUGGUUCUUUUCUUCAGACGACAAUAGAAGGAGCUUUUUUUCCCCAUUGAUUGCCUGUCUCAUUAUGCUGACACGACAAAGUAACAGUUUUAACAAAAAUGUAAAACAACAUUUUGUUUAUAAAAGUUACCAACUGCAGUAUUAACUGUUCUAAAACCAACUCCGAUGUAGGUUGGGGAUCAGUUUCCUGUUUGAACACCCGAUGAUGUCCAAGCUUCAACCCUCUAGCUGACGAUGUGAGGUUAACGCACAAAUCACUCCAUCUGAUUUGUGCGAUACACCAAUACAACUGGUAGUGAAACAUACUCUCACCAUGAUUCUGCCACCACCGUGCUUGACUGUUUUAAAACUAUUUAAGUAGAAUCGUAGGACAGCCUAACAAAAGUCCUGGCCCCAUCCUAUUCAAAACUGAUGAACUGUCCUCAAAAGCAGAGUCCGUGUCAAGAAAUCAACCAAUGUAACUGAGCCGUUCCUGGCACAAGUGACCUUUAUGCAGUCAGAAUGAUGCCAGAAAGUGUGCAGGACAUUCAACCGGAUAUUAGUGGUGGUGUGUGUCUGCGUGUAAAAUGUUGCUCUUGUGUGGAUUUGACAAAAAUAGUUGUUUUGAAGUUGUGUGAUGGUUUCACCACGUUGAAAGAACUCUUCAGAUGCAUCAUUAAAAGCAAAACCUUCAUGUUUAUAUUGAGCAUUAUUUUGACCGUGACUGUGCAUUUGUAGGGUUACUGAUAGACUUGAUGCUUCACAUUUAGCAAGAAUGAGUCUCCAUACUUUGUGUGUCUGCACUGAUGCCCAUUUGUUUGGAUGUGGGAUUUAUUUUAGAAGCUUCCAUGUUGGAUGGUGGAGAUGAUAAUCUGACGUGGCGUCUGUUUUUGUUGUCUUAAAAGUCGGUGUGUCCUAAUACUGCAACCUGAAAACGGAAUAGUAGGAGGAAACGCACACAGGAAUAUCUUCUUCAAAAUUCAUCAAUAUAUAAACUUUAUCUUCAUCAAGUAAUGGCAGGAAACAAAUCUAAAAAAAAAAUGCAGCAUACUUUUUAAAUGGUUCAUCGUUCAUUGUCCUAAACCUAGAAAUAUCCUUAACCAAAACGCAUCAACCAUCAACCAACCAUGAUGAGCUGUAGCUAAAACAGUGUUUUCUAAUUUUGCUUGAAUUCAAUCAGUGCUCAUGUAGCGCUUUGGGAAAGUCCUGAACACUAAACGUUUUUUUUCUGGGCUAAAACUGCUUUUGUUGCCUCAUUAUGGCUCAUUUAUAGCUUCGUUGCAGCGUCAUGUAGCUCAGCACUUGUUUUGUUUUAUUUAUUUAUAUAGGUAGAUAGGUAGAUAUGUAUAUCUGUGUACCUUUAACCCCAUAUUAUCCCUAACAAUCACUGCACUCCUCAUGUGACCUCCUGGCCUCUGUAGCUAUCCUGUUUUCAUGGCAACAAGCUCAUCAGCAUUCAUGGUGAUGGGACAGCAAAAAGAAAGACAUCUGUAAAAAUGUGUCCUGCUGGUGACUCACGCUCCUCUCCUGCAUUUAUACCAGGCUACACACACACACACACACACACACACUCAUCCUUACUGUAAUUGUUUGGUCCUUCACUCCUGUUUUUACCCCCUCUAUGUCCUAAAAGCUUGUUUCUCAUUAUGCUUUUUUUCUUUUGUUAAAAUAACUGUAUGAAACAUAUUCCUCUGUUGGUAAAACCCUGAUUGUUGUUUUGUUUUUUUGUCAUGAAUGGGCAAUCAGUACAAAUGUCAUAUUUUUUUCACUAACUAAGUUGCUCUAUUUAUAUAUUCCAGGUUUUGGUUAUCAGUGCAGCUCAAAAGUAGGAAUGUUCCUGAUUCUUCAGGCUUUAUAAUCUCAUGUAUGAGGUUGGUUUUAAAACGAAUAAAACGGUGAAAAAAGGA